UCCGACGUCUUUUUGUACUUAGAUUCCUAUAUCAACUCAUACCUCGAUCAUCGUUCACUCCUUUCGAUCGUUCGUAAAUCGUCGAUCGUCAUUGGAUUCAAUCGGAGAGUUCUUGGAUUCCGUUAUCUGUUUACAUUUUCCGAUCAGGAUUAAUUAGUUAUACGAUCAUGGCAAGAUCGGGAAGAGGAAACUCUGUGAAAGUGGUCAUCAUCAACACCGAGUAUAUUCAGACCGAUGCUAUGAGCUUUAAGUCUGUUGUUCAACGGCUCACGGGAAAAGAUUCUCCGCCACCCUCUUCCCCUACUAACGACGAGUUAUCACACGGCGGCGGUUGUGAUGGUGGCGGUGGUGGUGGUGGGAAGUCACCGAUGUUGAAGAAAGGGAUGUCGUUCAGAGACCUUGAUAAGCUGCUGUUGGAGUUGCCUUCAAUGGAUGAUAUUUAUCAAUUUUGUGCUGAUUAAUGUUAAUUGUUUAUUUAU